AUGGCUUCUCAUAAGCAAGUCUCUGUAUUCAUACUUUCAUCAUGUGUGUUGUUGGGCCUUUGUAUGGUAUCUCAGUCUCAAGCUUCUUCAAGUGAUGGUGCUGUUAACAAGGUUAAGGCUUCAUCACAGACUUAUGAUUCCGGUGAUAAGGUUAAUCUGUUGCUGUACUAUGAAGCUCUGUGCCCAUUCUGUGCCAACUUUAUUGUGAAUCAAUUGGUGAAGAUCUUCCAAACAGAUCUCAUCUCCAUUGUAAAUCUCAGGCUGGUCCCUUGGGGUAACACUGUAAUUGCAGCUAACAACAGUUGGCUUUGCCAGCAUGGCCCGGAUGAGUGCUUGCUAAACACAGUAGAUGCCUGUGCCAUUAAUGUCUGGCCCAAUCUGGGUACUCAUUUCAAGUUCAUUCAAUGUAUAGAGCAUCUACAUUUGGAGAACAGGCAUACUCGGUGGCAAUCUUGUUUUGGUACACUAAGCCUGAGCCCAACACCCAUUAGGAAUUGCAUCAGCAGUGGAUUAGGAAUUCGGCUUGAAGCAAAAUAUGCUGACGAAACUGCUCAUCUAAAUCCUCCUCAUAAAUAUGUACCAUGGGUGCUUGUCAAUAAUCUACCUCUACAAGAUGAUUACCAAAAUUUUGUAGACUAUGUCUGCAGAGCUUAUAGGGGCAACAACAUACCCAAAGCUUGUAAACCACAGUCACUUAAGAUCAACUCAUCGGAGAUUGCAAAUUCUGUCCCUGAAGUUUGCUAUGCAGAAAGAAGCAGCUAAAAACUUGACAUUAUCUACACCGGGCAGCAAAAUAACCAAAGCUUCAGCAAAACAAGGGGAAGCUCCAACAAGACUUCACAUCACCUGUUAUUCAGUCCGUUAAAUCUUUCUGCUAUACUAUGAAUAACUAGAAACAUUUUACAUGAGAAGAUGUAUUGCAUUCGUAGUAGUUCAUCGUGUG